AGUAACACACAUCUCUACAGAAGAAUGGCACGCGCUCUGGUUUGUGUGUUGCUUCUCAACCUUUCUGCCGCCGUCAGUAAUGCCGGUGAACCACAGAAAAAGCAGAACAAACGAGGACUUCUCGAUGUGGCGUAUAGUGAUCAUGGAGGCGGUCAUUCUGUUGUACCUUUUGAUCUCGGCCAGGGAAGCCUUCGGCUACGAGCUGGCAGUGAAAGUGUAGGGACCUCUGGUAUCCAGGUGAACACUAUUACACGUCAGGUAUUAGUCCCCGUCCCUCAGCCUGUACCUGUGACUGUUAACAGAGCCGUACCUGUCGCUGUCCCGGUCCCUUACGCAGUGUCCGUACCUCGCCCUGUUCCUGUGCCAGUGCCUCAGCCGGUUCCUUUCACCGUGGUCAGACCUGUUCCCGUCACAAUACACCGACCUAUCCCUGUCCCUAUACCUCAACCUUAUACCGUAUAUUUCCCUCGCGCUGUCCCUGUACCGCAGCCAAUAACAUUUGCAACUCCUCAAUAUGUGGUUUUGUCUGCCGGUGAAAUUUUUAGUAGCGGACUAACGGGCAGAGGAUUUCACGGAGGUUCCGGUAUAUUCAGUGGACUUCACGGAGGCACAAUCGACAAGUUUCACGAAGAAUCCCCGAGCCUAAGUUAUGGCUCAGUAUAUGGUCACAGCAUCAAGGGAUAAGACGAAAGAAACGAUGGCUACCGAAGUCUGAUCAUUUACACUCAGCGACGGCUAAAAAGACAGCGAAUACCUACAUAUAUUUCCUUAUGCAUGAGAUACAAUCAUAACUUUACACGUACCUCAUACGAGGUGAUAUGUUGCAACAUUUAUCUAAAAUUAUUGCCCGACAUGUUUCGGCUUCACUGCCAUCAUCAGCGGUAGCACCAAAUACAAUAGUAAAUAUAGGUUACUUAAUAUAUAUUUAUUUUAUGCUGUUAAUAUAAUUUCCCGAAAUAUUAGAGUACCGAUAUUCUCAAAAUAAUAACUAGUACAAAAAGGUCAAGAUGAUACAUACAUUUUAGAUCAUAUCACCUCGUGUGAUGUAUAUGUGUAAUUAUGAUUGUAUCUGAUGGAUGAUGAAAUAUAUGCAUUAUAUAUUACAGAUCUUAAUAAACAGUGCAACAAUAACAAGUAUUAACAUGCAGUGAACUCAGUUUGAUAUAAAGACUUGUAACAAUUUCUAAAAGGUCAUAAUAGGUAUCUUUUCUACAUAAACGACUGAUACCCGAGAAAUGGAAAGUUCCAAAAAUCCCCAGACUGGACUUGCAGUUAGUAUAUUCCUUAAUUUUAAAUUUGAUAAAAUAAGUCGAUUACGUUCAAUAGACCUAUCUUGAAGCUGAAUUCAUCGUGGGCUCCUGGCAACAAAACAAGGUCAACUGUUGUUACACCACGUAUGAUCACGUUCACAAAUACACAGCCUCGUAAUAUCGCAUUCCAAGUUUUAAUUUUGUAAAGACUGAUUCUGUAAGCCAUUUACACAAGUAUAUGAA